ACAUUUGUGGAAAUUGGAGGGGGAAUAAGCGCGCCUUUUCUGUGCUGUAGAGAUUAGAAACAACCUAUUACUGCAUUUGGAUGUAAUAAUGUGGUUAUAGCAUAUUUUACUCGUUUGUAUGACUCAUCCAGUGCUGUAUUUAUAUUUUAAACUUACUUAAGAAGUGCUUUAACAAAUUUGAAGACUGUCCAGAUAAAAAUCAGCUGAGAAUGACAGAAUCGGCGCAGUCCUACUUUCCAUCAAUUCCCCCCAGUGCACCAAAGGCAACUAUAUCAUACUGCAGGUCUGUUCAAGAAGCACCAUUUUCUGCACUGACAGGGGUGGUUGUGGAUGCCAGAAUUCCAGAGCGUCACCCAGUGACUCCAAGAUGUCGCAUGAGAAAAAACGUGGGAAGUACGAAUCGCUGGCGUCUCCCGGAAUCCCUCGGGAGCGACCUGUUGGGAAGUUCCCAGGCUAUAAAGGCGGUCCAGAUGAGCUAUAAUAAUAGCCUGGUCAAUAUCAUCACAGCUGAAAGCCCUGUUCUUAAUAUGAACCUUGAUGUUAGUAAACCAUACACUUUCCGUCAGAUAGAGGAUCGUCCAAUCACGGAGCCCGAGAGAAAACUGAGUCAGCAGAGACUGUCUGUGGACGCCUUAGCUAUUCAGUGAAUACCAACUCCGCUUGGACCAAUCAAAAAGUAUGUACCAUCUAUUGCUAGGCCAGCCACACCUAAGGACAUAUUUCUUUACCACUCCAAGAAAAGCCAGAGUCAGUUUGGACCGGGAUUUGUGGGACCAUUAUCUGAAUUUGAUGUGAUACUAAAGUGCCUAAAUAUGGACUGGGAGCUCCAUAGGCCAUUCCUACAGAAGGCAGAAGUCCUAGCCAGCCUACUGAAGGAGGCAGAUGAUCCUAGAUUCCAGAAAUACUACAGGAGUCCCGCCUCAGAAACACUGGACACUUACAUCAAGAAAAACAAGUUUUACAGCAACGACUACAAAGAAAUGAGUAACAGAUUGAGUCUGGUGGCGGACCCAGAGGAAGACGAAGUUAAAGGAGUAAGUCAUCCAGCCCAUGUUUCUGAGAAACGAGUGAACAAUGUCACCAUUAUAAAACUGGACUGCAAGGACCCCCUUAUAACUAAGACAGCAAUGGCUGUUGCCCUGGGCAACCUCUACCACGAUGAUCUAGAAGUAGAGCUUGAAGAAGUUGCCAAUGUAUUGGCCUCGGCCUCAGUCCUCGGGUUCAAGGCACUUCAGGAUGCGUGUGGUAGAAUGAUGCUGGAAAACAUCAAUUACAGAACUGUGUGUAUAUAUCACCUGGCGGCCUCGAAGUAUCAUCAAGAACAGGUGGUGUUAGCUUGUGAAAGAUGGCUGGAGCUGAAUCUUAUUCCUCAGCUGUCCUCUCAGAUCCAGUUACGAGAAGUUCCAAUGGAGCUUAUCCAGAAAACCCUCAAGUCAAACAGAUUGUUUACGUUUAACGAGUACAGUAUUUAUCGGCUGCUCUCCUAUUGGUUAUUCCUACAGCUUAAUCCUCAUAUACAACUGAUGCCCUCGCACAGCACUGUUCUCUCCUACUAUAACAGUUUACCUAAGAACUGUGCCCUUGUGGAGAAAGAUGAAGGUCAGAUGUAUGCCCCCCUUUUCUCAGCCGUCAGACUUACAGGGAUCACUGACACCAAUCAUAUUCAGGAUAUGCAGAUCAUGAAUAUUCUGCCCCAAUCACAGUUGAUUGACCUUCUAUCUCAACACUACCAUGCACUACAAGGUGGUGGAGAUAUGGGCUCUCUCAGAAACUUCAACGCUUACUCCGUUCGACAGGGCUUCAUCAUAGAUGAUGAACCCCACUAUCACUCCGAAGUUCUCUCCCUUCACGGAUUCCAUUUUGAGCUGAAGGCCAUUAGAAGCAGUGCAGGUUAUGUGACAUUCUUUAUGCAGAGGCUUCGCCCUGGUGACCCCAUUUUGAGUUUCCGUCAGUGCGAGAGACACACGUUCUCCAUGAGGCCAGACAGAGAGGUGCGUUACUGUAUUACGGUACAGCAGUACAACAAGGGAGAUAACUCAGUAAGAACCACAGGCAUCGUCAGCCAGAAAUUCGGACUGGGAGACAAAACAAGCAGAAGUGAGUGCUUAAAGAUGGAGAAGUUGGAUUGCCCCGCGUACGUUACUUUUGCUGUGAUGUUCCCAUCUUCUUGAGAGUUGAUCACUGCAAAAUCCGAAGGAAAAAACCUAACUGUGACUUUAGAAAUAUUUGCUCAAAUAUUGGUCCUUAAAAAAAAAGCUAGCUUCCAUUGCCUUCUAUCAAUACUCCUUCUAAGAAUUUUAAGUCAAAUUAUUUCCUAUUCUUGUAUUCAUUGUUUUGAUAUAGUGUGGUCAUUUCCUAUUGCACGUAAAUGAAAUAUUAAUUUUUGUUGUCAUCACAUUUACCUCCCUUUUAUGUGCCAUUAUCAACUGUGAUAAAAUUGUUGUUAACUUUGUGUUGUUCUUGAUAUAUAUACAAAUAUAUAAUAAUUAUAUAAGUGCUUAUAUAUAUCCUAUUGUUGCAAGUGUUCAGUACAGUACAACCUCAUUUGCUCGAUUCCAAUAGUUGUUUUUAAUUGUACUGUAAGGUUGUGAUUCUGUGAAUGUUACAGUGAAAUUGAUGUAUUAAAAGGCAUUUUAUAUAAAUCAUUAAGUUGAUUGAAAUAUAAACAAUCGAAAAUAAUGCUAAAACAUUGAAAGGUAAGAGAAGAAAUGCUUAAACCUGCCUGUCAAAAUAUGAAAUAAGUCUUUUUGUGCCAAGUUUGCUUUAAACAUUGUAUGUGCAUAAUUUUGAUAUCAAUAUUUCAUAUAGAGAAAAAAUAUAAUAUCUUUCUUAAAAAAAAAAAAACAAUAAAAAGUUUUGUAAUAUAUAUAUGUAUUGAAUUUUCCAAGCAUUAUUUCUCUGUGUAAUAUUGAAUUGAACUCGGCGUUUGCCCUCAGUAAAGAACUGUUUCUGGCUGUUUAUUGGUAAUUUGUUGUGUUCACACUUCCCACUUUGAAUAUGGUAUUACUAUAGUGUCGGUGGCACAUCCUGUUGUGUGAGUCAGUGCUUUUUACACUUUUCGUUUUAUUGGGAUAGGAGACAGUUUGUUCUUGAUUUUUAUAAAAUGUGUUAUAAACUAUAUACAUGUAUGUAUAUUACGGUUUUGUAUUUAUUUGUUAAUGAUGAUCUUGUAUGACGUACUACAUGUACUUUGAGCAGUUAGAGUAUUAAGAUAAAGGCCAAAAAAGACUCCUUAUGGCCAAAAAAUAAAAAAAAAAAUUCAUGAGAAUAAUUUUCAAGUAUCUACUUUAUAUUUAUUUACUGUUAUGAAAAUGUUUUAAUAUAGAUAUAUUUAUACAGAAUAUAUAUUUUUAUUUUCUUCAUGAGAAAAUGUGCUACACGAACUUCAGUGCUGAACAAAUAUUUCUAUAAUUCAGGAUUUGCUAAAAUAUGCUUUUUGAAUUUUAUUUUCAUAGCUUUUAUGAUUAAAAUCAUAUUUUUGAAUAAGAUUUAACACCUGGAACAGAUAUAUUUCUUCAAAGCACUUUGUACUUUGAAAUUCCAUAAUCAUAUGGUAUAAUUUUAAUUUAAAAUCAACAAAUACAGAAAUAUAUCAACCAAGCAGAGAGGAAUUCAAAUUAAAAUGCAGUAUAUAAUAUGUUUUUUAUUAUUUUUCUUAUAUAUACAUGUACCUGUGAUACUUUCAAGUGGCCAUUUUGUUGUGUAUUUCUAUAAACUAUUUCUUUGGUUGUUGUGAAUAAAUGCUAAAUUAAAA